AUGUACGGUAAGCUGAUAAUCCUACUCGCUGUUGCGGGCUCCUUAUCAGCCCAGUCGAAUACUACCCUUUCACUGAACACUACGACCCCGGUCACUACCACAGUCGCAUCAACUACUGAUACCACAAGUGUAUCAACGACCGAAAGUACGACCAAUAGUACAACUGGAAUUAGGACCGAAAGUACAACCGCAUCAACGACAAAUGCUACGAGUGCAGCCCAAAGUACGACACAGUCUGCUACUAAGGGAACCAGGCGCCCGGGGCAUCAUGGACCUCAUAGACAUCCAAGGCCUCCAGGACCUUCAGGUUCUUCUGGGUCGCACAAUAACCCAAAGCCUUCAAAACCUCACGGACUUCACGGCCCUCCAAAUCCUGUCGAACUUCCAGGCUUGCCAAUCCUAUCUAGUUUCUUGAAUGCUUUCGGCAAAAUUUUUGAACCACUAGUCCCCAACGUUAGCGUUAGUCGUCAUCCUAGAAGUACCGUGCCUUACAAGCUCUCGGAUAGUUUUAAUACAACCGACAUGUCUGACCUUCUUAACGGUUCAAGCCUACCGGGUCUCUCCGGCAUUCCUGAUUUAAGGAACUUCCAGAUGCCUAAUGUAUCCAACAUGGUUCCGUCUUUGCCUGAAAUAUCGAAUCCCCAGGAUCUCAACAUCCCCGAGAUCCCAAAUUUUCCGAGCCUCCCGAUGAUCCCCGGGAUGCGAGAUGUUACUGAAGAGGCGAGGCAAAGGGUAGCGAACGAAAUCAGCCCUGGACAAGAUCUGGUCAGCGGUAUCCAAAGCGCCAUUCAGAAUGGACUCAGCAGUUCAAAUCCGACCGAAGCCAUGAGGGGGCUCAUCUCCACAAUCUUGGAUGCCUAUUCGGCCGUCGCCCGAAACUGCCCUUUCCUCAUAGUCGGUGGAUAUAUUAUGCGUGAGGGACUGUGGCUCAGUUCCAUCGUCCUGAGUACCAUGGCAGACAUCACAGAACAAAUCUACAACGACUCUUAGAUCGUGUUAUUAUUUAUUUAAUACUCUUGCACUUGGUAGACACGACUGUUAGAUGACUAUAAAUGUUUUACGAACACGUAUCUCGAGUGAGAAAAUAAAUAUGCUGCACCU